UUCUCAUCGCCUUUGAUCCUCCCUAUCCCAGAGCCCAGCAUCAUCACGAAACUAAACCAUAUACUUGUAAAUAGCACUUGUGUUGUUGGAGUGAAACUCCCAGUUCACCAAGUUGAGCGUCACAAUCCCCUGAAAGAGGAAAAUGCAAUGAAGUCUCUGGAAUUCCGCAUCCGCAAAUUGCACGUCAACACCGACGCCGACAAGAGACUCCAAAAGAAGCAGCCCUCGCGUGUCUAUGUCAAUGAGGAAGCCCUUAUUGAACUCACCGGCACCAGAGAUGGCGGCAGGGCCGUCUGUGUCGAGAAGGUCUCGGCAUCACCCGAUGAGCCACCCGUCCGCCGCGAAGCCACGCUGUGGAAGGCCCCUGAGAAGCUGGACAAGAGCGUCACCCAGAUGUAUGACGCCUUCCGCGAUGCAUGCGGCUAUAAGCUAGGCGAGCACGUCCGCAUCACAUCGUUAGGCGGACCACUACCUGACGCCGACGAACUCGUCUUGGAGCAAAUACCGGGUCAGGACGGAACCACUCCUGACUCCAUUGCUCCAGAGGACAUCCCAGGAUGGGAGUGGUUCCUGGCAGGUCGCCUGUCCCAGAUCGAGCAUGUGCAUGGCGGCCUGGUUUUUAAGAAUCUCUUUGCCAACGGGCCUGAGAGAUCGUUCUUGGUAGUGUCGGUGAAUGGGAGAGUUACGGGAAAUGCCCGGUAUUUGCACGGGAAGACGGCUGUCAGGCUUGCAACGAGCGCUCCCGUCAACAGAGAUGACUCGGUCUGCACGCGGAAGCUUGAAGUGACUGGCAUACGGGAACUGGACACGCAAAUUCAGGAACUCAACCAGUUCCUUAGCUUCUUCACCGCCGAUAUCCCCUUCAGGAAGAAGCCGGACUACUCGGCCAUUGUAAUUCACGGCGGUCACGGCACGGGAAAGACAAUGCUCCUAAACAGCAUCGCCAACACUGGCUGGGGAACAGUCUUCCGUAUCCAGUUCAAAGAUAAGCUCUCGGAAAUUCAGGAGACCCUACAGAGGGCUAGGCUCCAGCAACCAAGCAUCGUGCUCAUUGACCAGUUUGAGCGACUCAUUGACAAGGAGCGCAGCAAUCGCGCUGCUGUCGUUCUCGCAUUCUGCGAGGCACUAGACGCCCUCGCUGCAGAGACGAAGGCAAAGGGGGAAGUGCCCAGAGUGGUUAUCGUCGCCGCGUGCCUCGACUACAGCACUGAUGUGCCCGAGGACCUCAAGGAGCCCGGUCGGCUGACUAGUGAGGUCUAUCUACCCCUCCCUGACGUGGAAGGCCGGAGGGAGAUUCUCGCGUCCCUAGACCUCUGCGUUGCCCCUGAGCACGAGCAGGACCUUCUCCGUCACCUGAGCGAGCGCACCCACGCCUACAACGGCAAGGACCUUGAACGCUUAGUAUCCCGGGCGCGUCAAAUAGGAUGUAUCCGCAUUCGCGACGCUAGCGCAGAAACUCCCGACCAGCCGUCCAUCAUGACACCGCCUUCCACAGACGACGACCAACAGGAAGAGAGGAUUGCAGAACCUCUAAGCACUGGAGCGUACUAUCAGCCAAGCGAUUACCAUGAAGCCCUACGCCUCGUCCGACCGUCAGCAAUGCACGACAUCAACCUGAAGCCGCCGCCAAUCAAAUGGGAUGACAUAGGCGGCCAAGAGAAUGUCAAGCUCCUGCUCCGCCGCGCCGUGCGACUCUCGGUCGAGCCCCCUGAGGUUCUCUCGGAAUACUUUGACCGCCCACCGAAGGGGUUCCUAUUAUACGGCCCUCCGGGGUGCUCCAAGACAAUGGCAGCGCAGGCGAUGGCCACCGAAUCAGGGCUCAACUUCUUCGCCGUCAAAGGCGCCGAGCUGCUGAACAUGUACGUGGGCGAGUCGGAGCGGGCCGUGCGGCGGCUCUUUCAGCGUGCGCGCGAGGUGAGCCCGAGCAUGAUCUUCUUUGACGAGAUCGACAGCAUCGCCGGCCAGCGGAGCGGUUUCAGCCACAACAACAGCCACAGGUCGGGCGGUGGUGGAGGAGGCACCAGCAGCGGCGUCAACGUGCUGACGACGCUGCUCAACGAGAUGGACGGCUUUGAGGCGCUGCACGGCGUCGUCGUCCUCGCUGCCACCAACCGCCCGCAGGCCGUCGACCCGGCGCUGCUCCGUCCUGGCCGCUUCGACGAGCUCAUUUAUGUCAGCCCGCCCGACGAGAGCGCCCGCCGCGCCAUCUUCGCCAAGGUCGCCGCCCGCCGCCGCAUGCACGCCGACGUCGACAUUGACCGCCUAGCGAAGGAGACGGACGGCUACUCCGGGGCCGAGAUCAAGGGCAUUUGCGCCGUCGCCGGCAUGGCCGCCUACGAGCGCGACCGGGCGGGGCAGGUCGCGGACGAGGACAAGGGUAUAAGGAUGCAGGACUUGGAGAAUGCGAUCCGGAACCAGAAGAGGCAGAUUACGAGGGAGAUGCUGGAAGGGUUUGAGGAGUGGGAGAGGCAGUUUAAGAAGUACUAGCGGGGGAACGAAGGGGCAAAGGGGGAAACGGAAUGGAAAAAUGAC